AGCAUUUCAGCUUAAGAGCUCCACGGGAAAAACGAGCGCGUGUGUGUUCUUGCUGGCUAUGGAGGAUCCAAGCUAUCACGAGCUCCCGGAUCAGCCGGAAGAAGAGAGAUCGCAGAGGCAAUCAGGGCUUUGCGAGGCAAGGACUGUCGCGAAGCUGUGCUCCCUGAUUAGCGUGUUCCUGGCGCUCGUGAUCCUCGUGUUCUUUCUGUGGCCCCGGGAUCCGGAGCUGGAGGUAGUAGGGCUUGAUUUCAAGGGCUUGAAUCUCAACACCACCGGCGGCGUCCACCUGGAUGUGGAUCUCCGCCUGGAGAUCCAGGUAGAGAAUCCCAAUUUCUUCGCUGUGGAUUACGAUCGCGUCACGGUGAGGAUCUACUACCAUGGCGAUGAGCUCGGCCAUGUCGAUUCGGCGGGCGGCAGCGUCCCGGCGAGGAGGACGGUCAAUCUCACCGCCAAUGCGACGCUCCAAGGGCUGGAGAUCGUCAAGAACGCAAUGCGGCUGAUCUCGGAUGCGAACAAGGAGAAGAUUCCAGUGAGCGUCGCGGCGGGAUUCGAUGGAAAUCUCGAGAUCCUGGCGAUCCAUCCAUCCAUCAAGGUAGCAAUCUCUUGCGAUCUCGUCGUAGAUCCCCGCAACAACACGAUCCUGAGCCAGGAAUGCGGCAAUCAACACAUCUCCUUGCUCGUCCCCGCGAGCGCGACGAGCGCUCCGCGAAAUCUCCAGCGAGUUAUCCCCGGAUUCCCCGACUGGGCCUUCAUCACGAUCGCGGUCGUCCUAGGGCUCUUGGUCCUGGGCGGAUUGGCGUGGCUGCUGUGGCCCAAGCCCCCGGAGAUCACCGUCGAGAGCGUCCAGCUGCUAGGGUUCUCCACGAACAGCAAGUUCCCAGACAACUCCAUGAUCCCGGAGGUGGUCCUGGACGUCAAUCUGGGCGUGAAUCUUCGCGUGAGGAACAGGUAUGUGAUCGGCGUGCGCUACGAUCGCAUGACGGUCUAUGUCGACUACUACGGCUACGAGAUGUGCAAGGGCGAGCUCGAGGGCGGCGAGAUCCCGGCGCGAGGGAGCGUGGAGGUGAGCGGCACGAUCGAUCUCCGCGGCGCCGAGAUCGUCUAUAAUUCGGCCCAGCUACUCGCGGAUGUGUCGCGGCGCGAGCUCCCGAUCCACCUGCGCAUAGGGUUCUAUGGGAAUGUGGGAGCCUCGUUUUUCAGGCCCCCCAUCAAGGCCUCAGUGAACUACGAUAUAUUGGUCGAUCCAGUGAGCCAAGAGAUCUUAAAGCAGGACUACGAGUUGCCCAAGGUCUCCAUGUAAGCCUGGCCACGUAAGCCCUAGCCACGUUGUACAUGCCACGUGGUGUAUAAGUCCUGCCACGUGGGUCAUAUAUUUAUUUAAUAUGACGCGGCAAGACUUUCUAGUCAAACGCGAA